AUGCACGAAAGUGUAAGAAAUGAUACUGAAAGUAUAUAUGAUUCGUCAGAUGUUGGAGAUUUUAUUGAUAUUCAUCCAAUUCCAGAAGACAAAAAGUACAGUUUACUAAUUAAUCCAUAUAAACCAACAAUAAAUUAUAAUUUUAAAAAUGACAUGGCAUCAAAUUCUAAACGUGCAUUUAAUUUGAAAGGUAAACAAGGUUCAUUUAUUAUUACACCAUUUACAAAAUUUUAUCAGAUUAUUGAAGAGUCAAAAAAACAUGAAAAAACACAGUGGCAUAAUGAUUCAAAAGUUACAGCAAAAUUGUUUUUAGACAGUAUGAAUUCAAAAAAAAUAAAUGUCAUGGAGCAAAUUAAUUCUUCAGUACAUAAAGAAAUUGAAGAUAAUAGAAAUAAAUUGAGACCAAUCAUUAAAUCAAUAUUGUUUUGUGGACAACAUGAUAUUGCCCUUAGAGGAAACACAGCUGAUAAAGUAAUUCGUAAUGAUAUUGUAUCCCAAGUCAAUAAUUCAGUUGCAUUUUCUUUACUGGCUGAUGAAACAGCAGAUAUUGCAGGGAAGGAACAGUUAUCUAUUGGUGUAAGAUAUAUUGAUAUUAAUUAUGUUGUGCAUGAGGAAUUUAUUGGAUUUAGUGAAAUACAUGUUUUAAAUGCAGAAGGUGUAUCAAGAAGUAUAUUAGAAUCAACAGAAAAAUAUGGUUUAAAUAUGUUAAAACUUGUUGGCCUAGGGUUUGAUGGUUGUUCAACCAUGAGUGGUAAAGAAAAUGGUGUACAGGCAAUUAUACGAAAAAUUUAUCCAACUGCUUGUUAUUUUCAUUGUGCUUCACAUAAGCUUAAUUUAGUAGUUAACGAUCAAAAUUCAAUUCCUGAAAUCAGAAAUACUAUUGGUACUGUAAAGGAAAUAAUCAAGUUUUUUAGAGAAAGUAUUUUGAGAAGAAAGCUUAUUCCAAAUAUUCCAUUAUUUUGCGAGACACGUUGGUCUGAAAAUUCAGAAGCAAAUGCUGUUACAAGAAAUCGUGCAUUUCAACUUUCUUCAGCCACAUCAAAUUGUACUUUUUUGAUUAGUUUAAAAGUAAUUGCUUAUUAUUCCUCUGUUCUAGAACCAGUUGUGACCAAAUUACAAGGCACAAGUGUUAAUCUUCAUUCUGUUCAUACAUUUGUUAAAACUGAACUUCUUGGCAUAUUAAAUAAACAUAGAGAACAUAGCAUAGAGUAUUUUAAUACAAUUUUUGAGGAAAUCACUAAAGCAGCGAAUAGCUUAGAUUUUGUACUUAAAAUACCUCGAAGAACAAAUCAUCAGAGUCAACGAUCAAAUCAUAACUAUUCAUCAAAUGAUUCUAUUGAAGAUUAUUACAGAGUAUCCAUGUAUAUACCAUAUUUAGACUCUAUUAUUACCUCGUUAAAUAAUCGAUUUAAUGAAAACAACGAGACUCCAUUUAAAUUAUGUUGGUUGCUUCCAAAUGAAAUGAACAAACAUUUUGAACACGAACGAAAUUUAUAUGGUAAGUAA